UAACAAAGACACAGAAAUUUAGAGAAAACUUUAUCAACAUAAUAUGGGUUUUAAUUUAACCCCUUAGUAUUUCUUCCCUGCAGCUUCAAGGACAUGCAGUUAUGAGAUAUUGAUGAAAAUUUGCAGCUCAUCAAAUUUGCUGCUCAUUAAAACUAUUUUAAAGCUCAGAGAUCAACAAGCGGCCAACAUGUGACUCUUAAGAAACGGCUGAACCAACUAGGAGCUUCAUCACAAACCUCUCAACCAAUGACAACUUCUGCACAGUCCACUGAUCUAAUCACAUCUGGAGAGCACCGCUCUGAGCCAAUCAUUGUCAACAUGUGAUAGAUCACACCUUGAGGUAAUGAGAUCUCUGCUGUUGAGAUGUUUGGAGGUCUGCAAUUGUUUGAAGUUUAAACUGUUUUAAGUGGAAAGGUAUAUUUGGCAUUAGAAAGCAGUACAAGCAUGAAAACAACACAAGUGGACAAAAGAUCAAGUAGAUAAACAAAUGGAGAGCAAGAGAAAGCUGAAGCAAGGACAAAGCAAAUGGUCUGAGAAGACUAAAGGAAGAGUGAAGAGAAGUUGGCUCUGACAAAAAGUGGAGCAUAUAUUGGAAAAGAUAUAAAGACUGAGAUAAAAGGUUCCACCAGAGAAGAUGAAGCUGGGUGAAAGGAACGUGGCUUCACUGAUCCUCACAGAAAACAUUGAGAUGGAGCUGUUUUCUUCAGGGGAGCCCUGCAUGGAGACAUCAACAAAGGAGACUAAGGAAGAACAGAGCUAUGACCAGAAACACCUGGACAAUCCUCUCGUUCCCAAAUGUGGGAAGGAACCAGAGCCGGCGGUCCAGACUGCACCCCCAGGGGACCAGGCAGAGCCCAAAACAGAGCCCUGCUCUCCUUUCGUGGAGGAUAUUCAGAUAGAAAUGGAGGUGCUUUCUCCCCUCCAACACCGUGCUACUGAGCGAAUGGCUAUUAAACCAGGUGAUACUUCCAUCAUGGCCCUGCCAUUUCCAAACAAGGCCAGAUGUCUCAAGUGGAGAAGACUGACUCCAUGGAAGACGGGACUGGUGGUCAAAGAUGUGGUCUGUCUCCCCAGAGGACACUACCUGGCACAGCAGGAGAGACACACUGUUCCUCGGGGCAGGGAAAAAGCAGCUCUAGCCGCCGUGGGAUUGACUGCUCGCAUCUCCAUUGAUUACGAAUGGUCGACCAGUCAGAUGGAGAGUCGGCUGGCAAUGCUCUUCCGAGGGCGUUUUGUAAAACGAGCGGGACAAAGGUUCUCCUUCACAUUUCUACAGUGUGUCGUGGGCUCUGGGCUGCUAUUUGUCCCAGACCCUCCUGCAGAGGGCUGGACUGGUGAGCAGGUACUCAGGAUCUCUGGACAUGGUGCUUUGUACAUCCUCAGCCAACAGGACUACCCGCAGUCCAACUGGGAGGAAGGUGUGCCUGUGAUGAGAAGCUCACAGCAGCCGCCUCUGACCCUGGAGGAGUUCAAACAGCUUUUCAUCGUCUGCUACAGCCGCCCAGACAGCCAGCUGAAGGCAGCUGAAGAGGCAACAGUUGGACACUGGGAAGCGGCCCUUACUUUGGUCAGCGAUGGUAAGGCAAAUUUUUCCUUUGAGGACCUCCUCGCCUUCAUCAGUGGAGCUGAUCAUCUGCCUCCUCUCGGUUUCUCCACAAUGAUCUCCCUACGUUUUUACUCCCAGGAUGCAAGGAUGUCGGGGGCGCGGCUUCCUUACGCCUCCACUUGCGCUCUGGAGCUCUUCCUGCCCAGGUCAGCGGCGGGGCCUGUUGACCUGUUGGCGCUGCUAAGCAGAGCUUUGCAUGAAGCCCUUGGCUCUACACAUUUCCCAACAGAGGGAGAUGGGGAGGGGGGGGGGCGGGGGGAGAGAGGCAGCAUUGGAGUGGUGACGAGUUUAUGA